CUUAUAAUAGCGUAAUAUCACUUUUUUCUAAUCCCCGGCGACGAUCUUUCCUGUCGUCGCUCCAUUUGUAUUUAAUCCUUUUUUUCGUGUGUUUUAUAUUGGUAAAUGAAUUAUCGCGGUGAGUUUUUUUACUAUAGGUGUAUUGUAGUUUUCGCGGGAUCGGCCCAAUUAAUCACGAGCGUAUAAUCCAGCUGUUAUCGCCGAUUUUUUUUUCAAUUUAUCGCGGUGUUUAAAAUUCAGUAGAUUUUUUGCUCUCUUCCUAGAAGUCCAGAAAACAAAUAAAUCUAUCGUGAAUUGGAUAACAGUAAUAAGCAAUUUGACAGGCAUGUAUGUGGUUAUAGAUCCACAGAUCUUGAUGCAUUUCUGUCACUCAUCAAAGCCUCUCUCACGAAGACAGAAAAAGGACGAAAUAUUCUUGUUUUCGUCGAUCAAUCAAAAUUAGGUAAUAUUACCCCCCUUACAUCUAUACAAGGGAUCUCACACCGGCGUCAUUGACCGUGAACUCGUAAACGAAAUUAUUCAAAUUCUGGAGCCGCUACGGCCGAUGCGAUGAUAGCCCGGAUGAAAGAUGAGUAUGAGAAAAAUCCAUUAACAGGGUUAUGCGCUACAUCUCCAAGCUCUUCCUAGAGAGAGACUUUUCGAAAUUUUAUAUGGCUAGGAGUUCAACGAACUUAUUAUUCCACGGGAUUUUCGGUUUAUUGUAGGGAAUAAGAUACGUACCGAACAAAGUGUCACAUGAAAUUUUUUAUUUUCAUGAUGCUCAGAUUGAAAAUGGGGUGACAUGACAAGCCUCCGAGUGUCAAAUGUUGAUAGCAAUAUAAUGGUCACGAUAAAAACACAUCGUUAUACUAGAGGUCAAUACGGCGUGGAUAAGCAAGAAAUCGUGUCAGUAAACCUCCAUUCAAUUAUGUUCAAGAUUCCCCCAUAUAAUUAACGUAAAACGAAAUCUCGUUAUAAUUAUCGCCUUAUAAGUAGUACAAUACUAUCAAACUUUCCACCGGCAACCGAAGCAUACAAAUCAUCAAAGUUACCCCGUCAACAACACGCGAACCUUGCCAGCUUUAAAAAAUGUAAAAUACACGCAUAAUUGUUCGUCCAUACAGAAAAAAAAGAGACGAUAUAAGCUUCCCCAAUCGAAGCAACAUAAGCGCGCGAGGAACGACGAGAAACACGAAUGAGCCAAGAAGCAGAAGAAGAAGAAGAAUAAAAGAACGAGGUGGAGCUGUCCUCGGGGCAUGUGUGGUGCCGGGGGACGAGCGUAUAUAUAUGGGCCCUAUACGCGCCCGGAAUACAGCAUUCGCCGCUCGUCCGGCCCGCUUUACUCUACUCUUACACUGUCCCGCCUCGACUGCGGCGGACGACGACGCAUCACUCGAUAGCUCGCACGGCCGCGGUGCGGGCUGACGAACGAACGUCGCCGAUCAUUGAAACUUAAACAUUUUUUUUCAAUUUUCUUCUUCAGUGCGAUUUUUUAAAGCAAAGCUGAGAAGAGGAAAAGGAACAAGAGACGGGGCAUAGAGGUGACUGUUCGCGAGUGUGAAAUUUUUGUGCUUUUAUUCUGUGCCGGCUUGUUAGUGUUCGUGUAUAUUCGAUGCUUUUGACGAGACGGUAGGAAAUUCAUAGGUUUUAUAAUUUGAAAAUUCAAUCAGUGCUGGACCCGUCGAGUCUUGUUUUACCGCUAAGCUCGAGGAACUAUACGUGCGAUCUACAUGUCAAUUAGGAUUGUUCUCUCAUUCCUGAAAGACAAAUGACUUAUGUAUGAAUGCAGGAAGCGAAGGAACUACGUGAAUCUCAUAUUUUGCCGCGAGACGCCUGUAUCGCUAGAGGUCCUUUGUCGCGCGCGUGUCAUUUCAGUUGCAAUGCGCAGGCGUCUGAUAAGAUCUGCAGUAUAACUUGUAUAUUCGCGCCUUUGUAUCGUAGCUAGUUUCAAUAAUGGUAUGCAAUGGUUAUAACGAUGAAAAUUUUCAAUUUCAGAUAGACACAGUAAGCAAUGGGCGGGCCGAUCACGGCCCUGUGCUCGGCGCUGUUGGCCCUGAGCCUUUUUCACACUCAAGCGCACCACAUCCCUGGCCACCCGGAUCUGAGGCACGUGCCACCCCCGGACGUUCCGACUUUUCAGAGAAACGCCGUCGAGAGCAGUCCAGUCAAUCGCGAAUACGGUAGUUCAGGACUUCCCUUGAGGUCGGCCGUAGAACACGUUCCAGAGCACUACGAGGGACACAGACAGCCGCUCAGGGAUGCAGUUGAGGCUUCGCCCAAACAUGGCGAACGUCGUCAACCGCUUCGCGACUCGGUGGAGCACAGGCUACCGCCGAGUUUCGGCGGCGGUUUCGAGCACGAGGCCUUCUGGCUGGAGCAACUGACGCCUCCGGCCGUGCGUCGAAUCCAAAAUCCAACAAACGUCCUCUGUCACCUCGAGGCCGAAUCCGUCUAUCGCGAGGAGCCGUUCAUCCUGCUUCCUCGUUCACUGCCCCCGCACAAGUGCACCCAUUUCGUAUACAGUGCGGCUAGUAUUGAUCCCCAAGAGUUCACUGUCAUCCCACGCGACCCAGAAUACGACAUCGUUAAAGGUAAAUAACGAUUCGAUUUGAAUUUUUCUUGUAAAUUUCAAUAUUUCUA